AGUAGCUUUUAAAUACAAGAAAACCAGGAAAAACCCUGUUGUGUCUUCAGUUUCCAAUUCCAAACCUAUUUUUUUCUCAUGGAGAAGAAGACACAGAGCUGUAGAAGAAGCCAAUCCAAUAGCUCGGCUCGCGCAAAGGUAUUCGGGACCAACUCUCUUCAGCUAAGUGAGGACGAUGCCACGCGAUUAGUCGGUGGAAUAGUUGAAAAAGGUGUCUCCGACUCCGAGCAAAGCACACCCUUUUUCUCACCCGCUCCCAGACCUUCCGUUUUGCCGUUCCCGGUCGCUCGGCAUCGGUCUCACGGUCCGCAUUGGGAAUCAGUAACUAGUAAAAAGGGUGGGGAUAAUAUCAAAGCUGACAGGGGGGAGGAUGGGGAAGAAGAUGAAACAAUGAUGGUGGCUGACUCUAUAGCAAAUUUUGCGAAUCCAAUACAGAGGAAAAAGAAAAGUAGCUUAGACUUUGGCCGGUGGAGAGAGGCUUCCCCAGACCACAAUCAUGGUGCAGCAAACAGAGAGGAAAAGGAGCUUCAAAGCUUAGCAAAAACUGCAAGUCUAUCGCGUGCUGGGGAAGCAAAUACCGGUACAGAUGAUAUGUCAUGCAGGCCCUUCUCAGUCCAUGUGCUUGCACCUUCUCUUAUGGAAUGUGAACGUAGUUCAUCUGACUUUGUAAAUGAUUCAACUGGAAACAAGACAAACAGCGCUGGUUUUGAGUUGAAGGGGUCAGAUAAACAACAUCUUCCAGAGAAUCUUCAAGAUGUUCGUGAUCAACGAGGAGAUAUUUCAGAGAGUGAAGUUAAUGAGAGUAUGCAACUGGAUGGUACUUCGUUGCGGGAUAUGGGCACAAGGCAUCAUUUGAAUUCCGAAAUGACUCCCUGCUUUCAGUCCAAUAUUAAGGGAGAUGAUGCAUUCUUGACACUGAAAAGCCAGAUUGAUGCAGAGAACCGUGCAAGGAUGCAAAAAAUGUCACCAGAGGAGAUUGCUGAAGCACAGGCUGAGAUUAUGGAGAAGAUGAGCCCAGCACUAGUGAAAGCCCUGAAAAUGAGGGGUGAGGGAAAAUUGAAGCAGGGGUCAUCAAAGCCUGACGUGAGCAGUAAUUAUGAGUUGGGUAAUCUACAAAAAGAAAGUAGAAUUGAUGGAAAUGGUUCUUCUAACAAAGAGAAUGGUGUAACGUCUGUUAAGACAACCUUAAAGGAUACAAAGAGUGGGCUUCAGGAUGUUUCAGUGCAGAAAAUUGAUUCAGGUAGCAGUAUAUGGAAUGCAUGGAAUGAAAGGGUUGAAGCUGUAAGGUCGUUAAGGUUUUCCCUGGAAGGCAAUCUAGUUGAAAGCUAUUCUUUCCAACAGUCAAAGAAUGUUCAUGGGUACAGCACUGAGAAUGUUGCUUCACGAGAUUUUCUUCGAACUGAGGGGGAUCCAAGUGCUGCAGGUUAUACAAUUAACGAAGCUGUGGCACUGACGAGGAGUGUGAUACCAGGUCAACGUGUCCUUGGGUUGCAUGUCAUUUCAAAUGUGCUUGACAAGGCAUUGCUUAAUACACACCUAACACAAGUUGGGUCCACAAUGAUUAAAAAUAGGAGCUCUGUUGAUUACAAUGCAAUUUGGGCUUAUAUUCUUGGCCCUGAACCGGAGCUUGCUUUGUCCCUGAGGAUGUGCCUGGACGAUAAUCAUAACUCUGUCGUUCUAGCUUGUGCUGAAGUUAUUCAGAGUGUAUUGAGCUGUAAUUUGAACGAGUCCUUCUUUGAUAGCCUAGAGAAAACAUCAACUUAUGAAAAGGAUCUCUACACUGCUGCUGUAUUCCGAAGUAAACCAGAGAUCAAUGUUGGUUUCCUCCAAGGUGGAUUUUGGAAGUAUAGUGCUAAAUCUUCUAAUAUUCUUCCUAUUACCGAAGAUUUUGGGAUUGUUGAAGAUGGGGUAAAAUAUACAAUCCAGGAUGAUAUUGUGGUUGCACAACAAGAUAUUGCAGCAGGUAUGGUUCGCAUGGGAAUUCUUCCUAGGCUCGUCUAUCUUCUAGAGGCAGAUCCUUCAGUAGCCUUAGAAGAGUGCAUCCUUUCAAUACUUGUUGCAAUAGCAAGGCAUUCCCCAAUAUGUGCCCAAGCAAUCAUGAAAUGCGACAGGCUUAUUGAGUUGAUUGUCCAGAGAUUUACAAUGAGCGAGAAAAUAGAUAUUCUUUCCUUAAAGAUUAAAUCGGUUGUUCUUUUGAAGGUUUUAGCUCGUUCAGACAGGAAGAACUGUUUUGCAUUUGUGAAAAGUGGUGCUUUUCUAACCGUUAUAUGGCAUUUGUAUCACUAUACUUCCUCCAUCGAUCAAUGGUUGAAGUCGGGGAAGGAAAAAUGUAAACUUUCAUCAACUUUGAUGGUUGAACAAUUAAGGCUGUGGAAGGUUUGCAUUCAGUAUGGAUAUUGUGUAUCUUACUUCUCUGAUGUUUUCCCUUCCUUGUGCUUAUGGUUGAACCCACCAAAUUUUGGAAAACUUAUAGAGAAUAAUGUCCUGCGUGAAUUUACAACAAUUUCUAUGGAGGCAUACCAUGUUUUAGAGGCUUUGGCAAGAAGACUUCCAAUUUUUUUUUCAGAGAAACAUUUAGACAGUCAAGAACCAGGAUUUACUGGUGAUGAAUCUGAAGCUUGGUCCUGGAGUUGUGCUGUUCCAAUGGUUGAUUUAGCUAUAAAAUGGUUAGGUUCAAAGAAGGAUCCAUUCAUAUGCAAAUUCUUUUCAUCACAAAAAGGGAUUAGGAAUGACUUUGUGUUUGAAGGUAUAUCACUGGCGCCAUUGUUGUGGGUUUAUUCUGCUGUCUUUAAGAUGCUGUCUCGAGUGGUUGAAAGGAUCCCGCAGGACAUCUUGACCCAGAUUGGAAGUGAUCAGAUUGUGCCUUGGAUACCAGAGUUUGUACCACAGGUUGGACUUGAGAUAAUUAAAAAUGGCUUUCUGAGCUUUGCCGAUGCAUCAGAUAUGAAUCCCAAAACCAGCCCCUCUGGAGGUAACUCUUUUGUAGAGGAUCUUUGCUUUUGGAGAGAACACGGUGAAUUUGAAAUGUCUCUGGCUUCUGUAUGUUGUCUUCAUGGGUUGAUGCUGAGUAUUGUGAAUAUUGACUGUCUGAUUCUGUUAGCUAAGACUGAGAGCCAGGCUUAUCCUCCCAAAGAUGUUAAUUCCUCAAGGGAAGGGGAAAUUUUAAGGGUUGGGAUGUUUAAGACGUCCCUCGUGGAACAGAGAAGCAUGCUUGACCUUUUCACUAAGAAAAUUGCUCUGGAGUGUGAUUCUCUGCGGUUAAUAGAGACCUUUGGCAGAGGGGGCCCUGCACCUGGGGUAGGAAUUGGUUGGGGCGUGUGUGGUGGUGGAUAUUGGUCCCUGGCUGUUUUAUUAGCACAAAAUGAUUCAGCAUUUCUCAUGUCCCUCAUUGAAGCAUUUCACACAAUUCCAACUUUAAAUGGACUGACUGCUCAAGAAUCCUUGACUUUGCAAAGCAUAAAUUCUGCCUUGGCUGUAUGCUUGGUUCUUGGCCCAAGAGAUAUUGGUUUGAUCGAGAAAACUAUGGAAUUUUUGAUCCAAGCUCCUAUUUUGUAUAAUUUCAAUCUUUAUAUUCAGAGGUUUCUCCAACUCAAUGGAAAUGUGAAGCAAUUUGGCUGGAAGUACAGUGAAGAUGACUGCUUGAUCUUUUGUAGAACAUUAAGUUCUCACUACAAGGAUAGGUGGUUAACUCCAAAGGGUUCCAAAUCCGUGAAGAAUAAGAGCAACUUAAGUGACGGAACAUUUAAGAGUGGCAGAGUAUCUUUGGAUACAAUAUACGAAGAGUCAGAUGAGACAAAUAGGGUGGUCGAAGGCUGUACUUGUUUGAUAGUACAGUGGGCUUACCAAAGACUUCCACUUCCUGGGCAUUGGUUUUUCAGUCCAGUUUCAACUAUCUGUUAUAGUAAGCAUGCUAGUCGUCAAAAAUCUGAUGCUCAAAGUAUUAUGCAGGAAUCUAGUGAUUUGUUUGAUGUUGCUAAGAGUGGGCUCUUCUUUAUUUUAGGCAUUGAAGCAUUUUCUUCCUUUCUACCCGAUGAUUUCCCUAAACCUGUCCUGAGUGUGCCAUUGAUUUGGAAAUUGCAUUCCUUAUCUGUUGUUUUACUCACUGAUAUUGGAGUCUUGGAUGAUGAGAAGAGUAGAGAUGUUUAUGAGGUUUUGCAAGACCUCUAUGGUCAGCGUCUUAACGAAGCUAUGUCUUGUAGACAUCCUGCAGACAUCGUGGAGAAGGAUGCAAAACAUUUACCAUCACAACUGGAAAAUAAGAGGAGCAAUAUAGAGUUCCUAAUGUUUCAAUCCGAGAUCCAUGAUAGUUACUCACUAUUUAUUGAAACUCUAGUGGAGCAGUUCUCCUCUGUAUCCUAUGGUGACGUACUAUAUGGUCGACAAAUUGUACUAUAUCUUCACCGAUGCGUUGAAUCUCAAACACGUCUUGCUGCUUGGAAUGCACUAAAUAGUGCUCGUGUUUUUGAACUUCUUCCACCUCUUGAAAAGUGCUUAGCAGACGCUGAAGGGUAUCUACAACCAAUUGAGGAUAACGAAGCCAUUUUGGAAGCUUAUGUGAAAUCAUGGGUUUCAGGUGCCCUUGACAGAUCUGCAAGUCGAGGUUCAGUAGCUUACUUACUAUCUCUGCACCACCUCUCAUCCUACAUAUUCCAUUCUUACCCAGUCAACAACUUGUUGCUUCGGAACAAGCUCUCAAGGUCUCUUUUGCGAGACUGCUCCCAAAAGCAUCACCGCAAGGAAAUGAUGACGAAUCUUAUCUUAUAUACCAAACCAUCAACCCAUCUUAUUGCUGGACAAAAGGGUGUUGGCACAUCAAUUGGUAUGAGCGAUGUAGAAAAAAGGCUUGAAGUGUUGAAGGAAGCUUGCGAAAAGAAUUCCUCUCUUUUGACAGUAGUUGAAGAGCUCGGUUCUUCUGCAAAAAGUGAACUGUCUGCAAUGUGUAAUAUGUAGAGAAGUGAAGAGAUUGUGAUUAAGAAGUGAAGAGAUUGUGAUGGAAAAUCUAGGCAAUGGAGGAUUGUACGGGAUGAUAUAUCCCCAUCUAUCCCUUCUCAAACUUCAACUACAGGCAGCAUACAAUUUGAUCCUUUCAUGGGGAAGUUAUGAGGUUUGUACAUGAAUUUUGUGCUGUUUAAACUGAAAUGGUACAAAAGAAAUAUCAUAUCUUUUAACCAUGGCCAACAAGUGCCUUAACUUUUUUACUAAAA